GCGCGGAGGCGGGGCCGUGAGUGUCACGUGAGCGGCGCGCGGGAGAUGGCGGCGCCGGGAGCGGCGGGCGGCCCCGCGGGCGGCAGUCGAGGCGCGGCGGCGGAACCGCUCGGCCCCAGCUCCGAGGGGGACCACGGCCCGGCGGGGCCCAGCGCCGUACCCCGCGGGUGGCAGCGGGUGAGCAGCCGCAGGCGGGCGGGCAGGACGGCCGGGAGGAUCGACGUGUACUUCGUAAGCCCUGAAGGGAAGAGGCUGAGGUCAAAAAGAGCACUUGUGGAGUAUUUACAGAAAACUGGGGAGACAACACUGAAAGCAGCAGAUUUUGAUUUCACAGCUCCUCGAGGGACCACACGCUCAGGGUUGAGGAGAUAUGGCACAGGAGCUGCAAGGACUGACCUGGAAAAGGAGGAUUGUCAGAGCAAAGUGCAGGAGCUCCAUGCACAGAAUGGUGCUGAGGCUGGAAUUCAGAACAUCCAGGCUGGGAAUGGACACCCUGAAGAUGCUAUGUCUACUGUGGAAAGCACAUACUUAGUAACAGAAGGCACAAACCCAGAGCAGAGUUUGAAAACGAAAAGAAAGGGGGCAGAUGGAAAAAGUGUCCAAACUAGGAAACGUGGGAAGGGCUCAGAAAGGAGGAACCAAGGUGACUCCAAGAGCAAGAGGCAGAGAAGAAUCUCUAACACACGGGAGACCAAGUGUGUUCAGACCACGAGGGGCCAUAGACAGACACGUGGAGCUGACAGCCAGGGUGAUGCAGGUGCUGACCCUGUGGAUGCAGGGAAAGCUCUGUCAGGAAUGUCCAGGACACGGCUGAGGUCGGUGGCUGGCUCACAGAGGGAGCUGGGUCACCUGCCAAAGGAGGGGCCACGCUCCAGUGACACACCUGCUGCGAGGUCUGAGGGGAAAUCCUCCGGACUGGAGUCAGGGAAAGUGCCAGACCCGGGCGGUCUGGGUGAGCGGAAUGUCAGCGCUGACAGCGAGGUGGAGGCCGAGCCGUGGGACAGGACAGGCGUCCCCGCAGUCAGAGUGUCACCAGAAGAGUCUGUCCCACGAACACAAGUGGAGAGAAGGAAAACAAGUCCAUAUUUUUCCAGUAAAUACAGCAAAGAAGCCCCCACCCCACCCAGAAGGAAGGCCCUCAGAAAAUGGACUCCUCCACGUUCUCCUUUCAAUCUUAUCCAAGAAACACUCUUCCAUGAUCCAUGGAAGCUUCUCAUUGCCACCAUAUUUCUCAACAAAACUUCAGGGAAAAUGGCCAUUCCAGUGCUCUGGGAGUUCCUGAAGAAGUAUCCUUCUCCUGAAGUAGCCAGGGCUGCAGACUGGAAGGAGAUGUCAGAGCUGCUCAAACCUCUUGGCCUCUAUGAACUCAGAGCCAAAACCAUCAUCAGGUUCUCAGGUGAGUACCUGAGCAAGGCAUGGCGGUACCCGAUCGAGCUGCACGGCAUUGGCAAGUACGGCAACGACUCCUACAGAAUCUUCUGUGUUAACGAAUGGAAGGAGGUACAGCCAGAGGACCACAAGUUGAACGUGUACCACACGUGGCUGUGGGAGAACCGGGAGAGGCUGAGCAUCGACUGAGCUGAGCUAGGGUGACCUGGCCCCACCACCUCCCGCUGGGUGCCCUCACGGUUCUGGGUGUAAAUAUUUGUGUGACGUCAUGGCUGCGGUCAUUGCUAUUUUUUAAUAAACGUGUCACUGUUUUGUAGUGCUUGU